AUGGAAGAUCCCAAUCAAACUAUGGCACAGUGCAGCAGCAACAGCAGUACAAUUUAUGAGGUCCUGGGUGUUCUACAUCAUGAUCUUGAUGAUUCAGCUGCAGAAUCAGAAAUAAGCGAAGCCAUGAUGAGGAUGACAGGGCUGGAGCUAGUGGAGAGUGCUACUAUAAAGAGGAUCCACAGCCAAAGAGGAUUCAAACUUGAAGGAUUAAUUGCUGAUUUUGAAGAAUCUAGUGAAAAUGACCUGGAAGAUAUAGACUGUGAUUCAAUAUUUAGUAGUAUAUUUCCUAUGGCUUUAAUGGUCACAGAAACCGCUUCGUCAUGUUUCCCAAGUUCUUCUUCUUCCCCUGCUGUUGGACGGAAGUAUGACGUCUUCCUCAGUUUCAUAGGCGAGGACACCCACAACAAGUUUAUGGGUCAUCUACAUGAUGCUUUGAUUCAAAAAGAAAACUAUGCAUCUUCAACUUGGUGCUUAGAUGAACUUGCAAAGAUCAUUGCUUGCAAGAAAGAUAUGGGAAUGACAGUUUUGCCUGUUUUGCACUAUAUUGAUCCAUCUGAUGUAUGUAAACAAAUGGGAACUUUUGCACAUGCAUUUGGUAAACAUGAAGAAAAGGAGAACAAAGAGAGGGUGGAGAAAUGGAGAGAUGCUUUGACACAAGUAGGCAACCUCUCCGGAUGGCAUUUAAGGAAUAUUAGGCCUGAGUCCCAAGAUAUCCAAGAAAUAGUGGGAUGGAUAUCGCUUAACUUGAAAUAUGAUGCAUUUCCAUAUACUACCGAGGACCUAGUAGGAAUAUACUCUCAAGUGGUGGAAUUAGAGUCAUGUUUAGCUCUAGAAUCAAACAAUGUUCGCUUUGUAGGAAUUUGGGCUAUGGGGGGAAUGGGCAAGACAACCCUUGCUAGAGUUGUUUAUCACAUGGUUUCUAAAGAAUUUAAAGCUCGUGGUUUUAUUGAGGAUGUUAGAGAAAAGUUUGAAAAAUAUGGUUGUGUUCCACUACAACAAAAAAUUAUUAAGGACGUUUUGAAGGAUAAUGAUUUGAAAAUAGAAGAGACGUAUGAUGGAGUUCUCAAGAUCAAGAAUAGGUUAUGUCGUAAAAGGAUUCUUCUUGUUCUUGAUGACGUAAACAAACUGGAACAAUUAAAACUGUUAGUUGGGGAGCAUAAUUGGUUUGGAUCGGGUAGUAGAAUUAUCAUAACAACAAGAAAUGCACAUUUGUUGGAGGAACAUCAAGUAGAUGAAAUAUAUGAAGUUAAAGGAUUGAAUGAUGAAAAUGCUCUUCAACUUUUUUGCUCGAAGGCUUUUAAAGAAAAGCAUGUCCUUGAAGAUUAUAGAGAAUUGUCUUUCCAUUUUUUGAAUUAUGCUGGUGGCCUUCCUUUAGCUCUUGAGGUUUUGGGUUCCUUUUUGUUUGGAAAAAGUAUUGUUGAAUGGAAAAUUGCAUUAGAGAGACUCAAAGAAUUUCCUGAAGAAGCAAUUCUCCGCGUGCUUGAAAUAAGUUUUAAUGGACUCCAAAAAUCACAAAAGGAAAUAUUCUUGCAUAUUGCAUGCUUUUUUAAUCAUCAAGAUAAAGAUGAGGUAGUAGAAAUACUUGAUAUUCUUGGCCUUUACCCUGGUAUUGGAUUGAAGGACAUUGAUAAUUCUCUCUUGAAAAUUAUGGAUAAUGAUAUAGUGUGGAUGCAUGAUUUACUCGAAGAAAUGGGAAGGAAAAUAGUCUUUCAAGAGUGCCUUGAUAAUCCUGGGAAGCGUAGUAGAUUAUGGGGGAUAGAAGCACUUAAAGCCAUGGAUAUUUCGACUACUUAUAAUGAACCAAAAGAUGCAAGGUGGAACCCUGAGGCCUUUUUGAAGAUGGAAAAUCUUAAAUUUCUUAGAAUUUUCGGCUUUCUCCAUGUCCCCUCACAUCUUCCUAAUGAUUUAAGAAUUCUUGAUUGGACUUUGUAUCCUUCAAAAUCUUUGCCAUCAAGUUUCCAGCUAGAUGAGCUUAAUUUUGACAAGUUGAAGUUCAUUGACUUGACCGUUUCCUUGGACCUAAUUAUAACUCCAGACUUCACUGGAGUCUCAAAUCUUGAGAAAUUAGUUCUUGAAUAUUGUACAAAUUUAUGUGAGCUUCACCCAUCCAUUGGAAUUCUUAAAAAACUUGUUCUUCUUAAUCUACAAUAUUGUAAAACACUAAGGCGUCUUCCAAGCACAUUUGAAGUGGGUUCUCUUGUGACUCUUAACCUUUCUGGUUGCUCCAAUCUCAAGAAACUUCCACAAUUUGUGGGAAACCUGAAAUGCUUACAAAAGCUUUUUUUGGAUAUCACUGCUAUUAUGAAACUACCUUCAUCAGUUGGAGGCUUGAUUAGCCUGACUUCAUUGACCCUUAGCGAUUGCAAAAAUCUUUGGCGCCUUCCUAACACCAUUUUUAAUUUGAAAUCGCUUGAAUCUCUGGAUCUUUCUUGGUGCUCAACAUUUGAAUACUUGCCAAAGAACCUAGGGAAUGUCGAAGGUCUAAAGACACUUGAUUUGAGUGGAAUAGCUAUAGAAGAGUUGCCUUUACCAAUUGAAGAUUGCAAAAAUCUCGUGUGUCUUCCUAAUGCCAUUUGGAGUUUGAAGUUAGGUAAUUCUCUUGAUCUUUUUGGAUGCUCAAAAUUUGAUAAUUUGUCAGAGAACCUAGGGAAUGUCAAAGGUCUGGAGAAGAUUGAUUUGAGUGGAAUAGCUAUAAAAGAGCUGCCUUCAUCUAUUGAGUAUUUGACUUACCUUACUGUGUUGACUCUAAAAGAUUGCAAAAAUCUCGCGCAUCUUCCUAACAAUAUUUUUUGUUUGAAGUUGCUUAAAUUUCUUGAUCUUUUUGGAUGCUCAAAAUUUGACAACUUGGGAGAGAACCUAGGCAAUGCAAAAGGUUUGGAGUUGCUCAAUUUGAGUGGAACAGCCAUAAAAUAG